UUCUCAACCAUGGCCGAAAUAACGAGCAUUGCAUGUCUUUACCUUUUGUGGAAGAGGGAGAGACGUCAGAAUGCCCAUCGUUAGCCGUACAGAGCUCGGCGAAUUUCACCGUCUUCUACAGGAGCUCCGUCUGGAUGACGACCGCUUCCAGCGCUAUUUGAGGUUGACUCCGGCCCAGUUUGAUGACCUGCUAGGUAGGAUCGGUGCUAGGAUUUAUCGGCUCGACACCAACUACAGGCGCUCCAUCUCAGCUACGGAGCGCCUGUCCAUCUGUCUCCGAUACCUAGCCACUGGGGACUCCUACAGGACCAUCGCGAAUAGUUUCCGUGUUGGGACCUCCACUGUCUCCAGCAUUGUCCCUGAUGUUGCCACUGCAAUCUGGGACCGUCUGGUGGAGGAGUUCAUGGCUGUGCCCACCACAGAUGAGUGGAGGUCCAUUGCAGGGAGGUUUGAGGAGCGGUGGAAUUUUCCUCUUUGCUGUGGAGCAUUGGAUGGGAAACAUGUGGUCAUCAAAGCCCCUGCUCACUCAGGAUCCCAGUACUUCAAUUAUAAGGGAACCUUCUCUCUUGUUCUCUUGGCGGUUGUACACGCGGAAUAUUGUUUCCGGGUGAUUGAUGUCGGGGGCUAUGGAAGAACCAGCGAUGGUGGGAUUCUGGCCAACUCUGCUUUUGGUGCAGCGCUUCAGUCUGGCCCCCUCCAACUGCCUGCUGACCUGCCACUAACAGGAGCUGACCACCGAGGACCACAGCCACAUGUCUUUGUGGCUGAUGAGGCCUUUCCAAUUCGGAAAAACCUCAUGAGGCCAUUCCCUGGUCGCAACAUGGCAAGAGAGCGCCGGGUUUUCAACUCCCGUCUGUCCCGAGCUCGGCUGGUUGUUGAGAAUGCCUUUGGGAUCCGUUCUUCCCAGUGGAGGGUCUACAGGCUUGCCCUCGAGGUCAACGUAGAGGUUGUGGAGAAGUGUGUGAAGGCUACCUGUGUUCUCCACACCUUCAUGCGGAAGACCAACCCCCCCAAGUGCAUUGAGGGGGAACAUCCCAGCUGGUGAGGUGGACCCACUGCCAGGUCUGGGAAGAGUUGCUGCCAACAACUCAGUGAGGGAAGCAAUCAGGAUUCGGGAGGCCUUCACGUCCUACUUCUCUGCUGGGG